AUGCGUCUCGCCCACCGUCUCCUUAUGGCCACGCCGGCCUCGAUCAUUUCCAAGUCCAGCCUCAGCGAGGCCCUCGCCCUUCUCCCGCCGCUGCAGCUGUACCGCCGCCUCUUGCGCGUCCACCGCAAACUUGACCCGGAAAUGCGUGUGCUGGGUGAUUCCUACGUCAAGAAGGAGUUUCGGGCGCACCGGAAUGCGGAGAAUCCGCUGCAUAUUAUCGGAUUUUUGACCGAGUGGCAGCUCUAUGCGCAGAAGCUGGAGGGUGAUAACUGGGCUGGGGAGAAGUUGGACAAGUCGAAGCUGGACAAGCUGAGUGAUCAACAAUUAGGGCAGCUUUUCGAGCUGAUGCAGGCAAUUCGGAACCCGGAAAACAAUGGUGAAGGCGAGGGUCAAUAA